CGCGCGCGCCGCCAUGCCGGGGCUGCUGCUGGGCGACGAGGCGCCCAACUUCGAGGCCGACACCACGCACGGCCGCAUCCGCUUCCACGACUUCCUGGGAGACUCAUGGGGCAUCCUCUUCUCGCACCCGCGGGACUUCACGCCCGUGUGCACCACGGAGCUGGGCCAGGCUGCGAAGCUGGCGCCGGAGUUCAGCAAGCGCAACGUGAAGAUGAUCGCCCUCUCCAUCGACAGCGUGGAGGACCACCUCGGCUGGAGCAAGGACAUCAACGCCUACAACGGGGACCAGCCUGAGCAGACGCUGCCCUUCCCCAUCAUUGCCGACGCCAAGCGGGAGCUCGCCGUCAAGCUGGGCAUGCUGGACCCCGACGAGCGGGACAAGGACGGCAUGCCCCUCACUGCCCGCGUGGUGUUCGUUUUUGGCCCGGAUAAGAAGCUGAAACUCUCCAUCCUCUACCCGGCCACCACUGGGAGAAACUUUGAUGAGAUCCUGAGAGUGGUGGACUCACUGCAGCUGACAGCAUACAAGAAGGUGGCCACCCCUGUGAACUGGAAGCCUGGCGACAGCGUCAUGGUGAUUCCAACCUUACCUGAGGACGAAGCCAAGAAGCUCUUCCCCAAGGGAAUCUUCACGAAGGAGCUGCCGUCAGGCAAGAAGUACCUGCGUUACACGCCGCAGCCGGAGUGAGCGGCUCCGCGCGGCAUCGGAGCCUUCCCUGGCCACACCUGGAGUCCCGCUCGCCCAGGGCUCCUGCGUCCCGACGCCGCCCCGUCAGCACCCUCGUAGCAUCACACUGGUGUUAGAUCCCCAUGCUAACUAAACCCAUGCUCCCCAUCCCCUUUGUCCUGCACAUCUUCUCAGAUUGAAAAGCCUGGGUGUUUCUUGCCUUAACUCAGCUCAGCAGGGCUCAGCAGGCUCGCGGGAGCCCCUGGCCACUGCAGCAAUCUCUCCUCUUCAGUGCUGGCCACACUGGCCCUGGAGCAAGAAGCGUGGGGCAGCAGCCGGGCCGUGGAGGGCUUCUCUGGUGGGUUCGUGCGUGGGAGCUUAGAGGGCUGCAGGCUGCUGAGCGCCUUCCCUCUCACUAACUCACUAACCUCUCGUUGUUGCCACAUGUCGGGGAGGAGCUGCAGCACCCGUGCUUCUCACUGCUGGCCCUUGCUGAAAGCUGACUGAUGUUUUCAGGUUUUCUGGAUGAUGGGAUAGAGCAAAUAAAGCACUCGUCA